CAAUGGAGACUAAACCUAUGGAGUUUCUUCGACGCGUAUCGGAUUAUUCGAAAAGGGAUAUAGGAUUUGAAAACAAUUAUCUCAACGGAAUCUUGGGUAUUUUUGGAUACUGGGCCAAGCACAAGAAUCCUGUGUUCCACUUGUCUGGAGUGCUAAUCUUUCUCCAACAAUGCGAAGUUGACGAAGGAGUUGGACAUGUCGUAAAAACGUAUACCGAUAUUCUGAUGACCGGGAUGACCUGGACGGUAAAAAGGGGGAAGCAGCGUCGAAACACAAGAUUCGUUUAGUAUGAAUAAGUGAUUAUAUGGACCUUGUUUCUCUUUUGCUCCCAGAGUACCUUGUAUUGAUACCUUAGAAAGCUUGAAGAGGUUACAGGUAGCUAAGUGUUUUAACACUGAAGACGACAAAAGAAGACCUUAAUU